AUGAGUCUAGACGUUCAACUCACUGCGCCAAAUGGCCGAACUUACAAGCAGCCCACCGGAUUGUUCAUCAACAAUGAAUGGGUAAAGUCCUCGAAUGGAGAGAAGAUUGCUUCCAUAAACCCAACCAACGAACAAGAAAUCACCUCCGUAUACGCCGGUUCCUCAGAAGACAUCGACAAAGCCGUCCGCGCCGCCCGUCGCGCCCUCCGCAACCCAUCAUGGCGGGAUCUCCCAGGCACAGAACGCGGUAAACUCCUCAACAAGCUAGCCUCGCUAGUCGAAGAACAUAAAGAAAUUCUGGCGACGAUCGAAACUUGGGACAAUGGAAAGCCCUACUCCGUUGCGCUCAACGAUGAUGUCACUGAAGUCGCUGAGACGUUGAGAUACUAUGCUGGUUUUGCGGAUAAGGUUUUUGGUCAGGUUAUUGAGACUACGGGUGAUAAGUUUGGGUAUACUAUUCGUGAACCUGUUGGUGUUUGCGGACAAAUCAUUCCGUGGAACUUCCCUCUUGCUAUGGCUGCGUGGAAACUCGGUCCAGCACUGGCAUGCGGCAACGCCGUGAUUCUCAAACCAGCCGAGCAAACCCCGUUAUCAAUCCUCUACUUCGCCAACCUAAUCAUCGAAGCCGGCUUUCCCCCUGGCGUCGUCAACAUCGUCAACGGUCUAGGUUCCAUCGCAGGCGCAGCCUUAGCAUCACACAUGGACGUAGACAAAAUCGCCUUCACAGGCUCUACACCCACAGCCCGACAAAUCAUGAAAAUGGCCAGCAGCAAUCUCAAAAACAUCACCCUCGAAACAGGCGGUAAAAGCCCCCUCAUCGUUUUCGACGACGCCGAUGUUGGACUUGCUGCGUAUUGGGCGCAUGCUGGUAUUAUGUAUAACCAGGGUCAAGUUUGUACAGCUACUAGUCGUAUUCUUGUCCAAGAGGGGAUCUAUGACAAGUUUAUGGCUGCGUUUAAAAAGCAGGUGCAGAAGAUUUCCAAGGUUGGUGAUCCUUUUGAGGAGUCGACUUUCCAAGGACCGCAAGUCACAAAAGCUCAAUAUGAUCGAAUCUUGGAUUUUGUCAACAUCGGUAAAUCUGAAGGCGCAAACUUGACGCUUGGCGGCGCACCCUUCAAGUCAUCCUCUGGAAAGGGCUACUUCAUUGAACCAACAGUCUUCACAAAUGUGACACCGCAAAUGCGGGUGUUUCAAGAAGAAGUCUUUGGACCGUUCGUCGUGGUGACCAAGUUUUCCAAGGAGGAUGAAGCAGUGGACUUGGCGAAUGACACACAGUUUGGACUGGGUAGUGCGCUGUUUACUACGAAUCUGGCACGCGCGCAUCAGGUCGCCAAGAGGAUUGAGGCAGGCAUGGUUUGGGUGAAUUCGAGUAAUGAUAGUGAUUGGAGGAUUCCUUUUGGAGGUGUUAAGCAGAGUGGUAUUGGGAGGGAACUUGGUGAGGCUGGGUUGGCGGCUUAUUCGAAUAUCAAGGCUGUGCAUGUUAAUAUUGCCGCCAAGUUGUAG